AUGACGACCAUUCUUCCUAGUGGUCGUGUUUUCAUCAGGAAUAAACACAAAAGCUUCCUUGACACAUUAAGAUUUCAAGUCUGUGGUGGAUCAGGUGGAAACGGAUUACCGAAACAUGAUGGCCUAGGCGGCAACGGCGGAAAUGUGUACUUGGUAGCGAAAAACGGCGUCACACUGAACACUGUUAGACAAUCAAAGCAGUACAGAAGCGGAUUUCGAGCCCAAGACGGUCAACACAGCUCCAACCUCUCCAUAAUCGGCGCCAAUGGGAAGGAUCUUCAGAUUGAAGUGCCUACCGGUGUGACGGUAAUUGCUGAUGCUUUUAAGCGAAAGCUCGCCGACCUGAAUAAGAACAAUGAUCAGGUGGCAGUGGCUAUUGGCGGCCGAGGUGGUGACCGAACCAAUGCUUUCUGUGGCUCGCCUGGUCAGCGGAUGAUGAUCAAACUUGAUCUGAAGAUGAUUGCCGAUGUUGGCCUGGUGGGGUUUCCUAAUGCAGGCAAAUCAACGCUGUUACGCGCUUUGUCUCGUGCAUCGCCAAAAAUUGCCUCCUAUCCGUUCACGACCAUCAAACCUAACCUGGGGGUGAUCGAGUACCACUUCAACUGUGAUUUUCGCCAGAUCAGCGUUGCCGAUUUACCCGGACUAAUUGACGGUGCUCACCGGAACAUUGGUCUAGGUCACAGCUUCUUGAAGCACAUUGUACGAACCAAGCUCCUGCUGUUUGUCGUCGACAUUGAUGGUUUUCGCAAUGCCGGUGGUGUCGAGUAUCACGAGACGUGGAGUUCCAAAGAGCCUGUCCAGGUAAUUCAGUCGCUAGUCAAUGAGCUGGACUUGUACGAUUCAAGUAUUCUGCGCACAAAACCGUCAAUGUUGGUGGUUACGAAACUUGACAACACCAAUAAGAGACGGCAGUUUGAGGAGCUGAUGGACGAGUUGCGAAAAGCCACUAUUACGAUUCCUUCAAUGGAGGAGGCUAGAAAAGAGCAAUCGUCAGCCGACGAAAAUGCGCCAAAUUCGGACCGAGUCAACUUUGAAUUUGAUAGAGUCGUUGGCGUUUCCUCUGUGACAAAGUUUAACAUUGACAGGUUGAAAGGUCUCAUCCGACGAUUGAUUGACAUUGACGCCGAGUCAAAGUUGCAGCACGUCAGCUUCAAACAGUUGCUGGAAAAGAACAAAGACGACCUUGAUCUUUUCCUGGACGACGAUGAGGAAGAUAAGGAGAAUCAUCUCCAACAAUCAGGCUCCUCACACUAA